GAGCCAAUCAAAUGGCGUGAAAGUCUGACCAUUUCUCUCUCCUGCUCUCGCCUCGUGCCUUCUCUGCCUGCAGCAGCCCGAGAUACACGUCCAGCUCCAACCUCCUAAACCUCGUUGAGCUGUCACGCUUGGAAAAGCACCAUGUCGAUCCUCAAGAUCCAUGCCCGCGAGAUCUUCGACUCCCGUGGUAAUCCCACUGUGGAGGUCGACCUUUACACCAAGAAAGGACUUUUCAGGGCUGCAGUGCCCAGUGGAGCCUCCACUGGCAUCUAUGAGGCCCUGGAGCUUCGAGACAACGACAAGACUCGCUAUCUGGGAAAAGGUGUCACAAAAGCUGUUGAGCAUAUCAAUAAAACAAUUGCACCUGCUUUGGUUGGCCAGAGUCUGUCAGUCCUGGAGCAAGAGAAAAUAGACAAGCUGAUGUUGGACAUGGAUGGCACUGAAAACAAGUCCAAGUUUGGAGCCAAUGCCAUCCUGGGCGUUUCUUUAGCCGUAUGCAAGGCUGGUGCAGCAGAGAAAGGUGUGCCCCUGUACCGCCACAUUGCUGAUCUUGCUGGCAACCCGGAAGUUAUUCUCCCAGUACCCGCUUUCAAUGUGAUCAAUGGUGGCUCUCAUGCUGGCAACAAGUUGGCCAUGCAGGAGUUCAUGAUCCUGCCUGUGGGUGCAGCCAACUUCAAGGAGGCCAUGCGCAUCGGAGCUGAGGUCUACCACAACCUGAAGAAUGUCAUCAAGGAGAAAUAUGGCAAAGAUGCCACUAAUGUGGGUGAUGAAGGUGGCUUUGCACCAAACAUCCUGGAGAACAAGGAAGCCCUGGAGCUGCUGAAGAAUGCCAUCAGUAAAGCGGGUUACACGGACCAAAUUGUUAUUGGCAUGGAUGUGGCAGCAUCCGAAUUCUACAAGGAAGGCAAAUACGACCUGGACUUCAAGUCUCCCGAUGACCCCAAGCGCUACAUCACCCCUGACCAGCUGGCUGAUCUCUACAAGAGCUUUGUCAAGGACUACCCAGUGGUCUCCAUUGAGGAUCCCUUUGAUCAGGAUGACUGGCAGGCCUGGAGCAACUUCACCAGCAGCACCAGCAUCCAGGUGGUGGGCGAUGACCUGACUGUAACCAAUCCGAAGCGCAUUGCCAGGGCUGUCACUGAUAAGGCCUGCAACUGCCUGCUGCUUAAGGUCAACCAGAUCGGCUCAGUCACGGAAUCCCUACAGGCCUGCAAGCUGGCACAGUCCAAUGGCUGGGGUGUGAUGGUCAGCCACCGCUCUGGAGAGACAGAGGACACCUUUAUUGCUGAUCUUGUUGUAGGGCUCUGCACAGGCCAGAUCAAGACUGGUGCCCCUUGCCGCUCGGAGCGCCUGGCCAAGUAUAACCAGCUUCUCAGAAUUGAAGAGGAGCUGGGAGAUAAGGCCCGGUUUGCAGGCAAGAAGUUUCGGAGCCCCCUGGCCAACUGAAGAGGACCUCUGCCCAGCCACCCAUAGUCAAGCACCUGGUCCCGCAUAAGUUUCAUAGGGUCAUAAAACGUAGACAGGCAGAUGUAGGUGGAGGGGCAGCUACAAUGACACUGGGGUGUCAUGCACACCACCACACACCCUUGAGCUUUAGCUCCACAGCAGUGCCUCACACCCAUUGUGUGAGACGCCUGUCUUGUUGCUCUACUUGUAACGUGUCUUGUGAUGUGUUUGUCCUUAAAUGGAUUUAGCAAAUAGCUGAAAUUAAUGCUGCCAUAGGCAAUUUGUGUGCAGUGUGUCUCCAUGUGUACGUGUGGCUGAUCAAGAAAUAAACCGCCACUAAAAUA